ACAGCUUCCCUUCCAUCAGAUUCAGAGCGCCGUCCGCAGCCGACUAGCAACAGUGGCCGUCCCGCUCACUUUCUCGCUACCUUCCUCAGCCGGAGUCGUGGGCAGAGCAGAGCGAUCGAGGCCUGCUUCAGCAGUUCAGCUGCAGCCGCCGCCCGCCCGUCCCCCAGUCCCCACCUUCUUUUAUAAAUCCCACGCCUGCGCUUCCUCUUUUGACGAAUCGGUCGCGAGGGGAGAAAGAUAGGAGUCAAUUAAUUUGCCUGUUCUGCUUGCUGCUGACCUUGUGAGUGAGCCGCCGGUCUUCCCCUUCCUCGCCGAGGGGAAAUAAUAAGGCAGCCACAGCCAGGGCCGCCCCGAGGAAGAAGAUGAGCGGAGGAGGCGUGGACGGAGCUCCGGUCGCCGAGUUCCGGCAGACGGUGACGCACGGCGGCCGGUUCCUGCAGUACAACAUCUUCGGCAACCUGUUCGAGAUCACGCACAAGUACCAGCCCCCCAUCAUGCCCAUCGGCCGCGGCGCCUACGGGAUCGUCUGCUCGGUGAUGAACUCCGAGACGAAGGAGAUGGUGGCCAUCAAGAAGAUCGCCAACGCCUUCGACAACCACAUGGACGCCAAGCGCACGCUCCGGGAGAUCAAGCUGCUGAGGCACCUCGACCACGAGAACAUCAUCGGCAUCAGGGACGUGAUCCCGCCGCCCGUCCCGCAGGCGUUCAACGACGUGUACAUCGGGACGGAGCUGAUGGACACGGACCUGCACCACAUCAUCCGGUCCAACCAGGAGCUCUCGGAGGAGCACUCCCAGUACUUCAUGUACCAGAUCCUCCGCGGGCUCAAGUACAUCCACUCCGCCAACGUGAUCCACCGCGACCUCAAGCCCAGCAACCUGCUGGUGAACGCCAACUGCGACCUCAAGAUCUGCGACUUCGGGCUGGCGCGCCCGUCCUCCGAGAGCGACAUGAUGACGGAGUACGUGGUCACGCGCUGGUACCGCGCGCCCGAGCUGCUGCUCAACUCCACCGACUACUCGGCGGCCAUCGACGUCUGGUCCGUCGGCUGCAUCUUCAUGGAGCUCAUCAACCGCCAGCCGCUCUUCCCCGGACGCGACCACAUGCACCAGAUGCGCCUCAUAACCGAGGUGAUCGGGACGCCCACGGACGAUGAGCUCGGGUUCAUCCGGAACGAGGACGCGCGGAAGUACAUGCGCCACCUCCCGCAGUUCCCGCGCCGGCCGUUCGUCAGCCUGUUCCCGCGGAUGCAGCCCGUCGCGCUGGACCUCAUCGAGCGGAUGCUCACCUUCAACCCGCUGCAGAGGAUCACAGUGGAAGAGGCGCUGGAGCACCCGUACCUGGAACGGCUACACGACGUCGCCGACGAGCCCAUCUGCACGGACCCGUUCUCGUUCGACUUCGAGCAGCAGGCUCUGACGGAAGACCAAAUGAAGCAGCUGAUAUUCAACGAGGCCAUCGAACUCAACCCCAACUUCCGAUACUAGCUAGCUAGCUAGUUCGGACACACAUCUUAAUUAUACGUAUGUAUGAUUCCUCGUACGUGGUUUGUAAAUAGAAGAUCGAGCCGGCCGCCGGUGUUAUUAGACUGAACGUUGCAUUUGUUUGUUCGUUGACGUUCGCGCUCGCAGGUUUCAGGCUGUGUAGUCUGCUGCAGGUUUCAGGUGUUCGUGUAAUGAGCUGUACCAAGAAUAAAAUGCUUUGGACUCAUCUGGUGACUGGUGGGUCACAUGUUCCUCGGGCAUACAGAAUCACAGUUUUGUCUGCCAAAGUUAUAGCAGCUUCUCUUCU